AAAGGCCCCAAGUUAAUGAGGCGUGCGCCGGCGGCGGAGUGCCUUUCGGAGCUGGGCUUUCCCCCGCGGCGCGGGCGCCAGGAGCCGCCUUUUCCGCUGGGUGUCACUCGGGGGUGGGGGGGAUGGCCCAUUCAAAAGCGCCGCGAGGGGGCCCGGCCAGAGCCUUUCAGUGAGCGCUCGCAAGAGGACGGCAGAGGCCCGGCGGCUCGCAGCUCCCGGACCUUGUGGCGGAUCAGGACGCGGCUGCCCUGCUGCCCGGACCCCGAGGAACCGCCGCCGCCGCCGCUCUGCUUCCUGCGCGUUAGCCUCUUUUGCGCGCUCCGGGCAGGCGGCCGCGGGAGCCUUUGGGGCGAGGACGGCGCGCGGCUGUUGCUGCCCCCCCCGGCCCGGGCGGCUGGAAGAGGAGAGGCCGAGCCGAGCGGCGGCCCCCCCUAUGCCGGGAGGAUGUUGGAGAGCAGCGGCUGCAAGGCGCUGAAGGAGGGUGUGUUGGAGAAGCGCAGCGACGGGUUGCUGCAGCUCUGGAAGAAAAAGUGCUGUAUCCUCACUGAGGAGGGGCUGCUGCUCAUCCCGCCCAAACAGCUGCAACACCAGCAGCAGCAGCCCGGGCAGGGGCCGGUCGAGCCAUCCCAACCCGGAGGCCCCGCUGUGGGCAGCCUCGACCCGCCCGUCAAGCUGAAGGAAUUGCACUUUUCCAACAUGAAGACCGUGGACUGCGUGGAGCGCAAAGGCAAGUAUAUGUACUUCACUGUGGUGAUGGCCGAGGGCAAGGAAAUCGACUUUCGGUGCCCGCAGGACCAGGGCUGGAACGCGGAGAUCACGCUGCAGAUGGUGCAGUACAAGAAUCGUCAGGCCAUCCUGGCGGUCAAGUCCACGCGGCAAAAGCAGCAGCACCUGGUCCAGCCGCCGCCGCCGCAGCCGCAGCUUCAGCCCCAGUCCCACCCUCAAGCCCCGCCGCAGCCGCAGCCACAACCCAAGCCCCAGCCGCAGCCGCAGCCGCAGCCGCUCCAUCCGUAUCCGCAUCCGCACUUGCGUUCACACCCACAUCCGCACCCGCACCCACUACCGCUCUCGCAGCCGCACGGCCACCGGCUUCUCCGUAGCACCUCCAACUCUGCCUGAAGAGGGCAGCACCCGGGCCAGACGAGGUUGUGAGGACUUGAGGAAGUGAGACGAGCACCUUUCUAUUGUCUUCACUUGGAUCGAAAACAAAACAGUCGCCCCGCCCGCACCAGACCAAGUAGUUUGGACAGAAUCCUACCGAUAACUUGGCGAUUCCUCUUAGUUUUUCUGCAUACUCUUAAUCACAAUGCAGGAAAUGAUUUCGAGUCCAGAAGGCUUUAUUUAUGAACCUUUGAGAGGAUCUUCCAGUAUGGUGGACCUUUUAGGAGCGAUGAUGUACUGUAAUGUUAUUUUAAUGUAUUUUGAUUUAUGAUUAUUUAUUAGUUUUUUUUAAAAUGCUUGUUCUGAGACAUUUCUGAAUGUAGGCCAUUUUCCAAAAAAGAAACUUUAUUUUCAAAAACCUAUUCCCUAGUAAGUUCUAAUCUUGGGAAAGAAGAAAGUAAAAGGGCGGUGAAGGGGAACACAUCAAGAAUUCAUUUUCAGAAGGUCUGACACUUAAAUGUUAUACCAGGUGGUUGAAAUUAAACUCUGUGAUACUAUGUGGAGUUUUCUUUUUUUUUAUUCUUUUGAGUUUGUUUUUCCUUCGACAUAUAUUUUGUGUCGAAUGUAAGUUUAAAGAAGCUAAAUGUUCAGAAUUGUGUACACAAUUAUAAAAAUCGAAUUGCUUUUUCUAAAAGGAAAUCAGUAGUAAUGAUAGCUGAUUCAAAAUAUUUCAAACAUAACCCAACUGAUGGCAAGGUGAUCAUAUCCUGAAUAUACAAGGAGGGCUGGGUCUGCUGUAGGAAAAGGCUUUCUUAGAUUUAUCUAUGUGUGAAGGAGUUUUCUAUGAUUUCUGAGUAUGAAUGCAUUAGGUGUUUCAUUUCAAAAAACAUAGUGGGGGAAAAGAAUUAUUCUACUUGUUUGAGAGAACAUUUGUGCUCUUAUCCACAGUAGAGAUUACCCUUCUCCAAGAGCUUUGCACACUUGAUGUGAACCACAUUUUCUGGCCCUUUUACUUUGUUCUAGAAGCAUAUUCUAGAAUCUCAUAGUUUCAAAUACAGUUUGUAAAUAUCUCAAAGGACUAGGAGUCAUAGCUUUUUGUUUUCCUUCUGAGAAUAAUGUUGAUCAGAGACGCCAGCUGUUUUGCUUUUUAUUGCUCUGUGAGAAAUCCAAGGGUUAUAUGUUCUGUUGUUAGGUUAGCUAAACUCAGAAAUUGAAAAAGGAAGGACUGGAUAAACACUGGAUUUGCAGUAAGAAAACAACCCCAGUCUUGUUUUAGCAGCGACUUGUUCAGGAGUCAGGGGGGGUUGUCGGGGUGGGGGGGGGGAGGUGGGGGAAGAGCAUGUGCUUUUAAAGGUAGAACAAACCCUCUUCUGUGUUAAAUCAAAAGGAUGGUCAAAAUCCACAAGGGCAGAUGCUACUUAAGUUUAAAAAGAGCCCAUAGAUGCUACCAAAUCCUCUUGCGGCUGAAAAUCACUUCCUAUCUGCCUAGCUUUACUAACGCGUCUCAGUUUUCCAUCACCUUUUCUGCAAAGUCUUGAUCAGUAUUUUUCCAGCUUCCAAAUUGGAAUGGUCAGUAUUGGGUCACUGCUAAGUUCUGUAGUCAAGAAAUGAAAAUAGAAUUUCAUGUUAGAGAUAUCUUUAUUUUCCCUCCAUCUGAAAAGGAGUUUCAAGGUCAAAUUACUUCUCAGUGCAGUAUUUUUAAAUGAUGAAUAUUUGAGAUCAUAACUCAAAUCCAAAAAGUGGUGGGGGAAAUAAGAGUCAACCAAAUGGCGAGCAGAAUUUAAGUGGACUCCCACUUGCAGAGGCUAAGUUGCAGUUGUGAAAAAAUGUAUAUAUGAUGGGCAACUCAGAGAGCAGAUCUCAAGAGUUCUUAAGUCAAGUUCGUUUUGAUUUCUUUGGAACCACUGCUGUGCUUUUUAAUAAUGCCUCAUUGUACUGUCAUUUUAAUACAUGCAGAUCAUGUAACCCCAAUUAAACCACAGCUUUUUUUUUCCAGAUGGAAGGAUUUUUCUUUCAAAUUCUCAUGCUGUAAAAAAAUUAAAAUCCAUACCAAAUACUUUUAAAAUUAAGAUUCUUGUAGGCUUUUAAAGGCACUUGUAUGUUGUUAGCUUACGUACUGGCUAGGUAGUGUUGUCAAAAAAAAGUAUGUCCAGGCUCCCUCGUGGCUGCUAGAAUUUUUUUCUUUCUCACAAUGGCUCUGGUUUGUAAUGUGGCCGCCGGAAUCAUGGUUCCUUGUAUUAUCUUUCCACAGCCCUUAGUCCUGGCUCUGCUGUCAUAUAUAUAUUGAGUUGACCUUCUUAGUGACUGUCUAGUCUGAACCCCUCUUAGCAUUUAACUGUGAAACCUCAGAAAUUAGAAAGGAGAGGAGUAGGAUGGGUUUUU